UUUGCGGGCUCCGCUAAGGUGGAGGAGCGGCCAUGGCGUCCGCCGCACGCCUGGCGGCCGUCGCCGUUGUGCUAGCGGGCUCCGCGUUCGCCGCUGCCGCAGCAGCCGCCACCCCACACUUUCCUAACCCGUCGGCCCAGCAGGAGAAGGAGCCCGGGUUCUGGUACCGCUUGAACCGCGAGGCCCUCGAACAGCGCCUGAACGCCGAGAAGCGCGAGGGCCGCGCCCACAACGUGAUCCUGUUCAUCGGCGACGGCAUGGGCCUGUCCACCAUCACGGCGGCGCGCGUGUUCAAGGGGCAGCUGGCCGGCAAGGCGGGCGAGAACACCGCGCUGUCCUUCGAGAAAUUCCCGCACACCUCGCUCUCCAAGGUGUACUGCGUGGACCGCCUGGUGCCCGACUCCGCCUGCUCGGGCACGGCCAUCCAGUGCGGCGUCAAGAGCAACUACUACACGCUGGGCGUCUCGGCGCACGUCACGCUGAGCAACUGCACCCAGUCCUCGAACCCGCGCCACCACCUCAAGUGUCUCUACGAGCUCGCGCAGGAGGCUGACAAGAGCACGGGAUUCGCGACCACGGCCGGCGUGACGGACGCCACGGUGGCCGCGGGCUACGCUCACUCGGCGCACCGCGAGUGGGAAAGCAGCGUGGGCGACAAAAGCGGCGACAACUGCCUCGACAUCGCGCACCAGCUGGUGCACCGGCCGCCUGGGUUGCACUUGCGGUUCAUCGCUGGUGGCGGGCGCGAACACUUUCUCGUGCCCGAGGAAGCCGUGCAGAGCGGCCAGCCGGGAAAGCGUCCGGACAGCCGGAACCUGAUCGAGGAGUGGACCCACCUCAAGCAGGCGGACCGAAUGAACGCUCACGUGUGUAUCACUAAGGAGGACGUCGAGAAUCUAGACACUGAGACAGCGGAUACCGUGCUAGCAUUACUCGCCAGCGGUGACCUCCCGUACGAGAAACUGGACGACAUCCGAAAGGGCACCAGCCUUUUGACCAAACUCACCGAGAAGGCAAUCCAAAUUCUGAGCAAAAAUCCCGACGGCUUCGUGCUCCUCGUCGAAGCCGGCCAAAUUGACAAGGGUCACCACGAGAGUUUGGCGCACCGGUCUCUGGCCGAAGUGCUCUCAUUGGACCUGGCCGUCGCCAAGGCGGUCGAGAUGACGCGGCCUGAUGAGACGCUCAUCGUAGUCACCGCCGACCACGGACACACGUUUGUCAUGGGCGGAAAACCGCAGCGAGGAGCUAACGUCUUCGGCGUUGACAACAAGCAGCAUCCGAGGACCGUGCUCAAUUACGCUGUCGGGCCGGGUCACCGGCGGGACUACUCAAACCUUACCUUGGAGGAGACAUCGCGCGAGGACUUCGCCUUCCCGUCCGUGUACUGGGAGAAGGCGGGCACUCACAGUGGGGAGGACGUGGCCGUGUUUGCCUAUGGACCCUACGCGCACCUGUUCAGCGGGGUGCAUGAGCAGACGUACAUCUACGAGGUCAUCAGGUACGCUGCUGGUUUGGACGAUUCGAGUUACCCUAUGAGACGCCAGUCCUUAUUUGCGGCUGUCACUGCGUGGGUCCCGGGUCCCGUAAAAUACGCCCUGGCGCUCGCUGUGGUCUUUUACUUGCACAUGUUUGUCAAGACUUUCCUAUAAACUUUAAUAAAUCAAUAGUGCAUAAUUACAACUUUAUUUCUAAUUACCGAGGAGCAUAUACCUCAAAGUAAUUGAAAAGUGCACUUCAAAAAAAUCUAACACGUGUCAAAUAUGGCUCACGUGUGGUUAUCCAACCUCAAACGCACUGGAUGCUGUUGUGAACAUAAAUUCCUCCUAUUGUUGAAAUUCGUUCCAGCAAAAUGGACAUUGUAUAGCUGCCCAGUGUUCUCAACAAGAGUACCACAAGUUGGCAAAUUUGACAGUGACGUGCACACUUUUUCUGUCAUCUUACAUUAGUGGAGAAAGCAAUGAAGGGCAGUUUAUAUUCACUUCGCAAAAUACUUGACUUACUCACGUAUAAGUAAAAAGGAAUCUCUGGCUGGUUUUGGGAUAUCCAAGUUGUAGUAGAUCUCGCAGAGCUCUGCUGUGCACAUUGAUGUGACUGAGCCUACAUCAGCUCUCUGAAGUCCCAUGCAGGAAUCAAGUCCAGACGCUUAAAACUUUUACUAGCCGGUGGUCACUUAAACCCGAGUAGCUCGGAAACACUUUGUCAAGAUUCUAAUUUCUGAACACCAAAUUUUUGCAAAGACAUGUGAAUGCUCAACUUCAACCUCAUGCACCACAUAUUGACUCAAGUUUUGGGCAUGCGUAAUUUAUGCAGCGAUGUCAGAUGCUUACCCAAGAAACAGAAGAUGGCAAAAUGCAUUCACAACCAUUUGGGCUAAGAUCAAAGUGUGAAUUGCAAUCCGACCAAGUGGCAGUGUGAACUUUCAAUAUAUUGUAUCUCAGGUAAGUAUCUCACCUGUCUAAAUGCUAUUAAAAAAACUUAGGUCUGACGCACAGCAUAAAACAUUUGCACCUAGCUGCUGUUGUAGCAUUCAAAAUUUUAUUAGAAAAUCUUACCAAGCAAUGUAAAGUCUUGUGUUCCCAAUGUGUGUUGAGUGACAGCUGUAACAGUUUGUUGUCAUCUGGCUUCUUAUGAUUAUCCAAAGCCAUAUUCAUAAGCUGCUUUUACUUGUAAGCAGAUUUCAACGUUUAUAUAGAACUCCAUGAACUCUUAUAUAACUGUUACUUGUCUUUUCAAUAUGAACCUAGACAGAAGUUGCUGGUGGUAUUCGCAUCUGCUUUCAUCUGCAAGACACUGUGCACCAAAUGGUGAUGUGCGUCUAUAAUGUUAAAUGAUUACAACAGCACACAUAGGCGUGCUUUCUUUGCAAGAUAUAGGCAUAAAUUUUAUUUGAUGCCAGCAUUUUCGGAAAUAUAGCAUUUCCAAUAGCAUUACUUCAUAUCUGAUGAAACUAUAGUCGUUAUGUGUGCUUAUUUGUGCAAGGGGCGAAUGCGAAAGCUGACACUGCUAUAAUGGACGAUCACUGAC